AUGUAUCUCCGCAGGGCGGUCUCUAAGACCCUGGCGCUGCAGCUGAGGGCGCCCCCCAGCCCCGCGCCGCUCCGGAAGGACGCACCUUUUCGCUGGAUGUCAUCUAAAAAGUUUCCUGGGCUGCCUGGAUCAAAUGUAAUCUACUGCCUGGUUGUAGGUGUCACGGUCAGCGCUGGUGGAUACUAUACUUAUAGGACAGUAACAUCAAAGCAAGGCAAACACAUUGAACCUGUAACAAAUUUGAAAGAAAAAACCAAAGCAGAGUUACAGCCACUUCCAGGUGAAAAAGAGAACCUUGUGGAAGCGGAGAUAGCAAGUUCCGAAGCCCCUGAAGUAUCUUCAGUGGAAGCUCGGGUGAUCGAUGCUGAAGAAAGUUCAGAUGCUACAGCCGCAGCGGCAACAGAGGCUUCAGCCUGGCCGGACGCCUCGCAGGCUGCGCGGGUGGAGGCCCCCGCCGUCGCGCCGGGACCCGGGCCGGGGGUUCCCCAGGCCGCCAGGGGCGGAACCGCCGAAGUCGGCACCGCGGCGACCUCGGAGGCGAGCAGCGCGGCUCCGGAUGAAGCCGUUGCCAUCGAUAAUGAUAAAAGUACAACAGAGGACGAAAGCGCCGAUGAAUGUGCUGAACAUGAAGAAGGAAAUUCUCCAGUUGAGUCAGACUCCUCUGCUGGGGAUGAUUUACAGGAAGCAGCCAGGGUCGGCUGCUGA